AUGCACAGACUUUCCACUAAGCUACAUAACUUAAAGGAGCGUAUGCUCCAAUCGAGAAUCUUCUGUUCUCGUUUCUCUAAGAAGCAAAGAACUCUAUUAUGUGAUGACACUCAAGUUUUAGCGGUUGACGACAACCAACAUAGCCAGCGGCCAAUUAAGUCAAGCCAAACUUUGAAUGAAAGCUCUACCUGGUCACUGUCUGACAAUGAAUCUGUUUAUAGUAAGCAAAAGGGUUCUUCCACCGUAACUUUGAUUACUGGUUCAGCAUCAAGUCCAAUCUCCAAGAGAUUACGCUUGAUUCCCAACCCUAAUCCCCAACCAACUCCAAUGUUCCAUAAUGAUGAUAAUGAUGAUUACACUAAUAGUACUACUACCACUAACAAUUCUCCUAUUCCCUUUCUCUCUUCCUUUCCCGCUGGUUGUCAGCUUGAGGUUAAUCCUAGUGAUGACGCUGCUGAUGAUUCUUUCACUCCACCACCACUUUCACCACACUCCAGUGUGGACGUCUUCCAUACCAAUGCAGCUAUGGGGGCCUGCUGCAAAGAGCAAGACGACACUUCUUUGUUUGGUGACAAUGGCUGGAACGUAUCGUUAGGAGUUGAGAAAGUUCGUCGUCCCUGUCGUUCGGACAAACCUCCCUUCGUGGUUCCUAAAACUAUGGGAACAUUAUCCAUGGGUAGGAAUACGAUAGUUGACGAGGAAGAGAAGGUUAAUAACCAUGCUAAGAAACUGUUCCCUAUCUUUUCAGAUAAGGACUAUCAGGAAGAGAUUCAUUUUGGUUCUGAAGAAGACUUGAGAGACUUGAAAGACUUGGUUGAUACUGGGACCAUGACUAUGAAGAGUUUUGGGAACACCAGAGAAUUCGAAGCAAAGAUCAAGACCAAAAAGUUACUCUUAACGGAUAUCUUCACUGAGGAACAUUGCCAAUUGGUUUGGAUCGCUAAUCAAGAAAUUCCAUAUCACCGUGACGAGCAGUUCAAGGAAGUAGUUGAUAAGGCAAAGGAAUUCAAAUGUUGGUUCAAAGAAGUUUCCGACAUGUUUCUUGAGAAUGGGUAUCCAACAGUUGUUGCUGAGAUCUUAACCGACACAUUUACAGAUGAGGUUAAACGCAAUGAUGAUGAUGCUGAUGACGAUGAUGACGGUAUGGUAAGUGAAAUACUAAGCAAGUUUGACGACUAUUCUGAGAGUUCGUCUUUAUGUUCUAUGUACGACAAGUUAGAAAGUAUUGAAGGAGUUGUUGAAGAAUUAGAGUGCACCUGUUCUGAAGCAUAUCUCACUAUAUUGAAACUUGGAGAUGCAAAUUACUUGAGACGUUUACUCCAGAAUAGAGUCAAGAAUAUACCCGAGAUCGACGAGCAUCUCUUUUAUGGUAUCCAGAAGUUAGUCAACAGAUUGCAAAGGAUGUUGGACAACAACCAUAAGCCUAAGCUGACCGCCAGAGCUGGCAGGGUUCUCAAGGAGGGAUACAACGCUUUAGAAUGGCAUUCCAACAUACACAAGAUGUAUGAGAGAUAUGGAUACACAGCUGAUUCAAUUAGACAGUUGAAUAAAGCUGUUGAGAAAGAUAUUAUGGUAUAA